AUGUUGCAAUUACCCCAAACCUGGUUAUCUUUAGUUUGCCUUCUUACAAACGUAAUUGGAUUAAGCUCUGAAAAGACCAUCAACACAGCUAAUAAAUCCUAUUACCGACCGACGAAGCACCACCUCCACCCGAACGUUCUUCUCUCGACGACCGGACGACACGCCACACUUCUUCCUCUCGACUCAUACUUGGCUCUCCAUCAGCCUUCACCCUUUUCUCACGCCUCUUUAUUUUACAACCCUUCAAAACCCACUUUCACCUCUUGCUUUCAAUGCUGCUUUCCUUCUCAGUUAAUACAAGAAACAAUAUAUCCCCUGCCUGACCGCCAUUCACCUUCAAUUGUCGUCUUCUUCUUAUCUCUCUCUCUCUCUCUCUCUCUCUCUCUCUCUCUCUCUCUCUCACACACACACACACACUCUCUCUCUCUCCAUCUUGCGCCACCAGUUCACGGCUCAGCGGGAGGGCAAGCAGAAAAGCGCAGUGACAAAUGCAAAACGUCUGACUGUUUCAAGAGUUUACACCCUACUACACGGCCAACUGUUUACUGUACUACCCGCACAUCCACCUACUACGUAACCCCCCUCUCUCUCUCUCUCUCUCUCUCUCUCUCUCUCUCUCUCUCAUUCUGUCUCUCUUUCUUUUUUAUUCCGCACUUCUCUCUCCCUUUCUCUCCUCUCUCCCCCCCCCUCUCUCUCUCUCUCUCUCUCUCUCUCUCUCUCUCUCUUUGGAUAUCUUUCUCUUUUCCGUAUGACAUUCUUUCUCCUUCUCUCUCUCCCUCUCUAUCUCUUUCUCUCUCGCUUGACUAG